AGGCGGAGAGCGCAGACAGCCACUGGUGGAAUCAAGCCGUCAUGAGCCAGUCGCAGAUGGAGACGGUGCCGGGCGAGGGAGAGUUGGAGCACCCGGAGAGACCCGCUCCACUGACCAACUCAGAGAAGCAGCUGAUCCAGGACUCCUGGUCAAUCGUCCUGCCGGACCAUGAGAAGGUCGGAGUGGCCAUUCUGAUCAGGUUCUUUCGCAGCUGCCCUCCAUCCAAAAAGUUCUUCCGAUUCCAGCAUAUGGAUGAUCUGGCGAAGCUGGAGGCCUCCAGCGAGCUUGCCACACACGCAGGCGGAGUCAUGAAGGCCAUCGACGCGCUGGUGCAGAACAUGGACAACGCAGACAAAACGGUGGCCAAGCUGAAGCAGCUGUCCAAGUCCCACGCCCUGAAGCACAAGGUGGACCCGGUCUACUUCAGGAUCCUCAACGCUGUCAUAGUGGAGGUCCUGACUGACAAAUGCGGCGAGGCGAUGACCCGUGAGGCGGGAGCUGGCUGGACCAAACUCCUGGCCACCGUCUACUUCCAUUUGACGGCUUUGUACGAGGAGCUGGGCUGGUCCAAGCUCGCCACCUCCUCUGGCUGAGGCGUGUCUUGGAGGGGACGCCAGCCCAGGGAAACAUGCUUGCUGUGCUAGCUAACGGUGACAGUUGCAGACCGCUCCUCAUCUUUCUACUGGUGAUGAUUUACUGGGUGAAAACUGGAACAAGCGGCCACAUUUGACACAAAUGUGCCUUUAAACCAAUGUGUAACUCCUGAUUCUACCAUGUCUGUGGCUCCUUUUUGAAUCAAUAUCACAUGAUCAGUCAAGCUGGGACGGGGGACACCUGUACGUUUCUC